AUGUUGACGCAAAAACUUUACCCGGAUGUAAAUACUAUGUCUACUGGAAGUAACGCGAUGUCACCGAUGACUAGUACUUACUCCAUGAAUUCUAUGGCGAUGGCGGCGCAAAUGAAUUGUUCACCGCAACCGAUGUUCGGCUCUAGUAUGCUGAAUUCGGGAAUGUCACCUUCCAUGCCUAUGAAUAGAAUUCCGCCUAGGAUGGACCAAUCAAUGAAUGAAACACCGCAAUUGGGAUAUUCAGCGAUAGGAUCACCGAUAUCUAAUAUGAAUGCUUGUAUGGGAGCGACAAUGUCGUCUAUAAACAAUUACAACGCUACAAUCGGUCGCGGUGAUUUAGGCGGUGGUGAUACAUCACCAAACAGUGCGUUACAAAGAGCUCGUGCCGAUAAAACUUAUAGACGAUCCUACACUCAUGCUAAACCUCCAUACUCGUAUAUAUCGCUAAUUACUAUGGCUAUACAAAACAGUCCGCAAAAGAUGCUAACAUUAUCCGAAAUAUACCAAUUUAUAAUGGAUUUAUUUCCAUUCUACAGACAAAAUCAACAGAGAUGGCAAAAUUCCAUCAGGCAUUCAUUAUCCUUCAACGAUUGCUUCAUUAAAGUUCCUCGAACUCCCGAUAAACCAGGAAAAGGAUCGUUCUGGAGUCUGCAUCCAGAUUCAGGUAACAUGUUCGAAAAUGGUUGCUAUCUUAGACGGCAAAAACGGUUUAAAGAUGAAAAGAAAGAAAUAAUCAGAGCGUCGCAUAAAAGCCCGUCACAUAGUGUCGAUAGUAGCAAUAGUUCCGGUAAAAAAACACCUUUACAACACGGGGAUGAUAAAUCGCAUCAUUUAGAUAAGAACAAUGAGAAUUUAGGUUCAAUGCUUAGCUUACAUCCUACUAAAUUAGAUGUAGAUCAAAUGAAUCUACUUAAUGCGAACGAUUUGCAUAACAUGCAGCAGCAUCAUCAUCACCAGAAUAUGUCGCACGAAGAAUUAUCAGCGAUGAUUAAUAGAAGUAACCAUUUAGCACUUACUAGUGAACACCAAGCUGCUAUGCUGCACCAUGCUCCUAUGAACCAUCACUUGAAGCAAGAACCAACUGGGUACACUCCAUCGAAUCAUCCGUUCUCCAUCACCAGGCUGCUUCCUGCAGAAAGUAAAUCGGACAUUAAGAUGUAUGCUGACAUGCAGUAUGCUGGAUACAACACUCUGAGUCCUCUACCAAACUCCAUACACUCUCAUAGUUCGAUAGGUAAUGAUUAUUAUAAUAGCCCUUCUUUAUACCACACGUCAGCGGGAACGACGUCCUUGUGA